GGCAUGUUACCGGUUUAACAACCAUGAUAAAAACGGAAAAAGAUAUAACACUACAAAAUAAAAGCCACAUAUUUUUAUCCCCCGGGACUUCUCCGUAUUCACGAAAACAGCCUCCAAAAACCUCUUUAAAUCCCUCUCGCGGACUCCUGCUGAAAGACAAGCCCUCUACUUUGUCAGAUCGUCCUCUUCUCCCCCUCUUCUCCACCCAGUAGAUCCCGCUUGAUUCAAGUCUUCUCCUUCCGAGGCUGUAAGCCAUGGCGGGAUUCUCUGCCGCCGUGAAGCCCACUCCGAUACUGAAAGAUGAGCUCGACAUCGUCAUACCCACAAUCCGAAACCUCGAUUUUUUGGAGAUGUGGAGGCCCUUCUUCGAGGGUUACCAUCUGAUCAUUGUUCAAGAUGGUGACCCUUCCAAGACCAUCAAAGUCCCCGAAGGGUUCGAUUACGAGCUCUACAACAGGAACGACAUCAACAGGAUUCUGGGUCCUAAAGCUUCUUGCAUUUCAUUCAAGGAUUCUGCUUGUAGAUGCUUCGGGUUCAUGGUGUCCAAGAAGAAGUACAUCUACACCAUUGAUGACGAUUGCUUUGUAGCCAAGGAUCCAACUGGGGCGCAGAUCAAUGCACUGGAGCAGCACAUCAAGAACCUGCUAUCCCCAUCGACCCCACACUUCUUCAACACACUCUAUGAUCCAUACAGAGAAGGUGCUGACUUUGUUCGUGGGUAUCCUUUCAGUCUCCGUGAGGGUGUUGCGACAGCUGUUUCUCAUGGCCUGUGGAUGAACAUCCCUGAUUAUGAUGCUCCCACUCAGCUGGUCAAGCCACUUGAGAGGAACACCAGGUAUGUUGAUGCUGUGAUGACAAUCCCUAAGGGAACCUUGUUCCCAAUGUGCGGGAUGAACCUUGCAUUCAACCGUGAAUUGGUCGGACCGGCAUUGUACUUUGGACUCAUGGGAGAUGGUCAGCCGAUUGGUCGAUACGAUGACAUGUGGGCUGGGUGGUGUGUGAAGGUGAUCUGCGACCAUAUGGGAUGGGGAAUCAAGACCGGGUUGCCAUACAUCUGGCACAGCAAGGCCAGCAACCCAUUCGUGAACCUGAAAAAGGAGUACAAGGGUAUCUUCUGGCAGGAGGAGAUCAUCCCAUUCUUCCAAUCAGUGAAGAUCUCCAAGGAUGCCACCUCGGUGCAGAAAUGCUACAUCGAGCUGUCCAAGGAAGUGAAGGAGAAGCUGGGUAAGGUUGAUCCUUACUUUGACAAGCUUGCCGAUGCCAUGGUUACCUGGAUCGAAGCUUGGGACGAGCUGAACCCUUCUUCAGCUGAGAAGACAGCCGCUAAUGGCACAGCCAAAGCCAAGUAGAAGCAGAAGUUGGGUUUUGUUAGGCCACAGAGGGACCAGAGAAGAGUUUACUUUUGCUGAUGAGAGAAUUCGGUAGUAGUAAAAACUUGGUAGUUGCAGUGUAGGUGGUCUACUGAGAUUGAGAUGAGCCCACAAUAUUUAUUUUCUAUAGUGUUAUUGAUUAUUGCUAUUGUUGUCAUAUUUACUGCUACUGCAUAAUGUUACAGGUUUGAGUGAAUUCAUGUUUGAGUGGAUUCAUUCUCAUCAUUAUUUAUGAUAUACUAUUGAGUUGUAUUGUAUUGUAUUGUUGUGAAAUGUGAAUCUUAUGGCUUGAAGAAGUUGUUGCAGAAGAGUGGAUCGAUACUCCAGUCUCCACAUAGUUAAGUCUCCCAUUUUUGUGUUGGAAUUUUUGUUGGGGAAGAUGGGUGUAAUGAUAUUUAGUGUUCGAAAAUUUGGGGUUUGAAAAUUUGGAAGAGUAAGGAUGGCCGGCAGAAUCAAGGCGGAGCAAUUUGAAAUUUGGAAAAAUGUUGGACAUGGAAAAGGUCAAAAGUUUAGGAGCCCCACUCGAAACGUAAUUAAUUUUCAAAUGCCGUCUGUUGUUUGUUUGUUUACUACUGGGUUUUUUAGGUGGAUCUUUGCGGCCCCCCGACUUUUGAAUCUUCUAAUUCUGAAGAGAAGACUUGGGGAUGGGAACAGUAGCGUAGCCCGCUUCGAGUUUAGUGGAGUUCUAUUUAUGAAAUAAAUUUAUAAUAUUGUAUUUAACUAUUAAGUAUUUUUUCUUAAAAACAUUCCGUCAAAAGUCAUUCAUCAAACCAUUAGUUAUUAGAUUUGUAUCUUAUAUUUUGUGUAACUCAAAGGUCAUUUGGUUUUGGUGAUAGUUAAAUCGAUGUAUUGUUAUCAAUGCAUGCAUAAUAAUAUACAUGUAUAUAAGAAAAUUGGUGUACUGUAGUUUACAUUGUUCGGUUUCUGUGAUAGUUAUUGUAGUAUUUAAAUAAAUUAUCUUACUUUUUGAGUGAAAUAUCACUUUUACCCUUUAUUUUUAAUAAGCUAAAUUACAUGUUUGGUCACUUGAAUUAUACAAAUCUUUCAUGUUUGCCACUCGAAUUACUUUUUAUUUUAUUUGCCACUAAACGUGUAAUUUACCUGUUUUUAAUUUAAAAAACAACACACAUAAAAAGGUAGGGACAUUUUUGGAAGAAGAAAAAGAAAACACAACAAUCUCCAUCAAACAAUCUCAACGAAAACUUGAGAUUUAACUAUCACUCAUUUUGAGUGAUAGUUUGUGUCAAAUCAAGCAAACAAUGCAUGUAUUGUUUGCACAGAAAAUUCAUAAAAACGAUGUAUUGUGGACAUUACAUGCAUUGUAACUAUCCCAAUCAAACUAUCACCAAAACCAAACGCCCCCUCAUAAUUGAAAAGUGACAUUUCAAUAACUAGCUAAAAUAAAUAGUUCUCAAGUGACAAAGAAAUUGUAUAUUAAUAGGAAAAUUUUGUUGAACUAAGAGCUUUUUAGAUAUAGCUGGAGGUUUUUGUACACAUAUUUAGUAGGAUUAGAUUUUUUUUUAUAAUAAGGACUAUAAAUUUGUGGAUUUUCAAUGAUAUAUGAUCAAUAUCGUCUAAUUUAUUUGUGUGUUUUAUAAUACCAGGACAAUUAAAUUGCAUAUGAAUGGAGUCCUGUAUUCUAAAUCUACUCAAAUUAAAUAAGUAUUUACAUACAUUUAACCAUUUUAAUUUAUCCAAGUGGGGUCCUCGGUCACUCCACUGGAUGGGAGGAUCGACUCAUUCUCAGCGUGACAAUUUAGAUCUAUAAAAUCUUAUUAUAGUGGUGAGUGGUUGGACUGGAAAAGUUAUCUAUUCAAGUUAAAACUAAUAAAGAAUUUUUUUAAUCAUAAUUUUAAUAAUAAAUUAAAUAUAAAAUAUCAUACCACUAACAUAUUGGUACAAAUUAUUCACCUAAUUUAGAUUUGAUUGCACAUUAAAGUAGAUUUCCGUUCCGUGACGUGUUUCAGUCGAAUAUAAAAGGAAGGAGAGUUCAAAGUAAUGAAUAAUUGAAGACAUUAAAGCCAGAUAUGGAAGUGGAAACCUAACCGACCGACACACGACUGUACGUUACAACGAAGGAAAAGGGGAAAUGAGCAGUCAGAAACUGAAACCCCACGGCCCGCAAUCCUGUUUACCUUUCAGGGAAGAGAAAACGCAGGCAAGCAGGGGGGGAAUUCCAGCUUCACGCCAAGAGAGAGCUGUUUGUGUGGGUUUUGGGGCCCUUCUUGCUUGGGCAAAUAAAUAUUGCGCGAAAAUGCAACACACGCGUCUUGUGCGCUGUCGGAUUCGUUUUCUCCUCCUGACUAGUCUGUCUCGCCCUUUUUGUUGAUAUUGGCCACUAGAUUUCCAUCUAUCACCACCAUCUCUCUAACCCGCCCAGCCCAGCCCAGGCAACAAAUCAUCUCCUCACUCACGGGAGAAGUGUGAACUCUCCACCCCAUGCACCACCUCACAAACACAAUUAUUGCUGAUGUGGAGGCAAUGGGUGCAUCUUAACAUCAAUGGAUCGCCGGUACUAUGCACUGGUCCUCUGUCCUCGAUUCUUUAUAGUAACAAAAAAUACACAUCUAAUUCGACCACUGAAAAUAAUUAAAGAUUAAUUUGACGAUACAAAUCAAGGUUGUCAACUUGGUUUAGUCCGUUGACCUGAUCGAAUAAGUGUGUGAAGGAUUAAUGGCUCGAUUGUUUAGUGCAAAUGUAUGGGGAAAAAUCAUCAUAUUUUUCAUAGAUAUACGUUAUAUCAAAUAUCAUCUAACAUGUAACAUUAUACCAACAAAUUCCCACUGGUCUAGGUCAACCCGCAGGUUGUCCCCCGAGUUAACAACCUUGAUAUUACAUAACGAUGACAAUAUUUCUUUGUUCUAAGAAAAAUGUUAAAAUGUCAAUAUUGAAGGUGUGAAUUGGUUGAAAACGAAAAUAAGAUAGUCGAUAUGGUUUUUUAAUGUCGAUGUUGUCGAUGUUGGAUAAUGGAUUGACCCAUAUUGGACUCAAUCAAAAUCCAACCCAAACCUAAAAUUAUUAAGAAUGCAUAAUUCAUUUAGAUCAAUCAAUACCAUAUGAAUCAUGUCUGCAAUUACCCAAUAAGUCCACCCAUUCUCAUCCCUAAUAUCAAUAGUCCAUACUUAUCCCUACAUCAACAGAAUAGCCGAUUUCUUCCCAACGGCAUGCUAACCCCUUAGGGGUUGGAAAAAUGACACCCCCUAGUAUAUUAAAUACAACUAUAUAAUUUAAUACACACAUUAAAUACACAUUAGGAAUUAAAUGCACCAUAUUAAUUAUUUAUUUUUUUCAAAUUAAAACCUACACUAAAUACAUUUUCUCUCACUAUAUUUGAUUUUUCCUUUUUCAGCAGUCUCCGACCGCCACACUUCUCCGGUGAAAAUCUCAUCGGCAGACUCCCUCCGACCACCUCCAAAAAAUAUACCACUGCACUGAUACGUUAUACCACUGUACUGGUAGAUAUACCACUGAACUGGUAGCGAUAUCAGUGCACUAGUAGCAAUGUCAUAUCUGAGUAUCAAUGCAGUGGUACAAAUACCAGUAAAGUGGUACAACUUAUCAGUGCAGUGAUAUAUUUUUGCAUGUGACCGGAGAGAGUUUGUCGGCAGAUUUUACCAGCGAAGUGUGGUGGUCGGAGGAAACUUGGUGGUCGGAGGCUGCUCGGAAAGGAAGAAUGAGAGAUAGGAGUGAGAAAGAUCAAAGAUGAGAGAGAGAAUUGUAUUUUGUAUAUGUUUAGAUUUUUUUUAAAAAAACAAGUAAUUAAUGUGGUGUAUUUAAUGCUUACUUUGUAUUUAAUAACAGAACAUUUAUUAUGUUUACUUUCAUUAAUACUUGUCAAUAAUUAAUGCAAAAUUGACCAAUUAAAAGGGGGUGUCAAAAAACCAACCCCUUAAGGGGUUAGCAUGCUAACCCGUCCCCUUCCGAACCAAAUCAUUUCACUUUUUGGAUAGUUAAAUAGACGUAUUGUAAUCAAUGCAUGCAUAAUAAUAUACAUGUAUAUAAAAAAAAUUGGCAUAUUGUAGUUUACAUCGUUUGAUUUCUGUGAUAAUUAUUGUAGUAUUUAAAUAAAUUAUAUAACUUUUUGGGUGAAGUGUCACUUUUACCUUUUUUUUAAUAUAAAAAAGCAACACACAUAAAAAGGUAGAGACAUAUUUGGAAGAAGAAGAAAACACAACAAUCUCUAUCAAACAAUCUCAACAAUCUCAAUCAAAAUUUGAGAUUUAACUAUCACUCAUUUUAAGUGAUAGUUUGUGUCAAAUCAAGUAAACAACACAUGUAUUGUUUGCGCAGAAAAUUAAAAAAAAGAUGCAUUGUGGGCAUUACAUGCAUUGUAACUAUCCCAAUUAAACUAUCACCAAAACCAAACAACCUUUAUUUUACCUUCAUCUAGUUUCAAGACAACAGGUCUCGUCGUUACAAAAAUGACCAUGAUGGCACCCUCGUUGAGUCGUUGUUAUGAGAAAAGUGACAAAAUAUUAGAAGGGUAUUCAGCGCAUUGCUUUGGGCAGAACCUGGAGUGUCUAAUUUGUACUAAACUAAUGGACAACAUGUUGAAAGAAGGACCGGCAGCAACUACACAAGAUUAGCAAGUACUGGAAAAUCGAAGCUUCUUUCUUUCCCUUUGCCGUGUUAAAUCUCGCCAAUCUACAAGCGUCGGCAAACCAGUAACUCACCUGUCCGGCUCCCAGCUGCCAAGAAACCUCGUCUCCUCCACGAAUCAUCUGUAGCAAUGCACGAAACACUUCCACCUGCCAAUUAAUUACCACC